AGGUUUCGCCCCACUGUGCGCCGUAACGAAUCCUGAGUUUUUAAACAAGACAGCGGCGGACAAAAUUUCCUGGAAAUUUAUCCCGCCGCAUGCACCUCACUUCGGAGGAUUGUGGGAGGCGGGAGUUCGCAGCGUAAAGCAUCACCUUCGGCGCGUACUCGGAUCUCAUACGCCCACCUUCGAGGAAUUCACAACGCUUUUAUGCCGAAUAGAAGCAUGUCUUAACUCGAGGCCAAUCGGACCGUUAAAUGACACUCUCGAUGAUUACGAGCCGCUCACUCCGGGUCAUUUUUUGAUCGGGUCCGCUUUAACCGUCCCUCCCGAACCCUCCGUUCUGUCUCUAUCCGAGAAUCGGUUGCUCCGCUGGCAACUUGUCCGUCAAAUCACGGAACGAUUUUGGCAAUUAUGGCAAUCCGCCUACGUCAACACUCUGCAACAAAGAGGAAAGUGGCGUACACAGCAACCCUCAAUCAAAAUCGGAACAAUGGUGCUUCUAAAGAAUCCGCUUCUACCACCGUGCAAGUGGGAGCUCGGACGAGUCACUCAGUGUCACGCGGGUGCUGACAAACUUGUUCGUGUAGUGUCCGUGCGAACCGCGCAAUCGGAGUUAAAACGACCUCUAGUGAAACUGUGCAUCCUUCCGAUCGAUACCGAGCCUCAGCUCGACGAAGGGCAGAGUCACAAUAAUGCCUCGACAGAAAACCCUCAGUCAAGUUCUCUAGUUUAA